CACUGGGCUGUAUUAACCACUGAUGGUGAAGGGAGUGUGUCUUGUAUUUAUUGCUGAAAGAAAAUAGGUAAUUACCUAAUAGACCUUUUAAAGAUGGUCAAGAACCGAAAACAGAUGGCUGAGAGAAUAUUAAAGCUCACCCUAGAGAUCAUCUACCUGCUGACUGGAGAGGAUUACAUAGUAGUGAAGAAGAUGAUGGAAAAUGAUGAAGGAAGGAGCAGGAACCAGAUCCCCAGCAUAAUGUCUCCACCUGACUCACUGAUACAUGAGAGAAACAACUAUCAGGAGAUCCUGGACCUCACCAACAAGAUCACUGAGCUGCUGACUGGAGAGGUUCCUAUAAGAUGUCAGGAUGUCGCUGUCUAUUUCUCCCUGGAGGAGUGGGAAUAUUUAGAAGGACACAAAGAUCGAUACAAGGACGUCAUGAUGGAGAAUAACCAGACCCUCACAUCACCAGAUGAAUGCAGUAAGGAAGAAACACCAGAGAGAUGUCCCAGUCUGUGUUCUAAGGAAAAGCAGAAAAUAUUACACCUUGAUCAGGUUACAGAUUUGAAUGAUAUUAAAGUGCAAGUUAUAACAGAUGAAGCAGAGACAUAUGUGGAUUUAACUGAGCUGUCUAUGGAGGGAGAAGUUGCCACAGAUAUGAGCACAGAUGAAUGUAGUACAAGGAAUAUACCAGAGGAUUUACCCAGCCCAUUGUAUUCCCAGUAUUAUCUAGAGGAAAAUCAGAACGUCUGUCAUGAUUAUCAGGUUAAACAAGUGUCUGAUAUCAAACAGGAGGUUAUAACAGAAGAAGAGUCGUGUGCAAGUGUAACCAAGUCUGAGGGGGAGGAAACUUGUACAGAUAUCUGCAGUGAUGACUGUACCAAAAAGUUGGUGGGAAAUCUUGUUUUAUCUACUGAUUAUGAAGUAAGAUAUAACAAUAUCACAGAAGACAGUGAUGGAGAACAUUCCCCAACAAUCCUUACCACAAAUAUACCUUCGGGUCUUCACAGCAGAGAUCUAUUUACUGAUCCCACUAAUCACUUGGAACCAUCUUCAUCAUCUGAUCAAUCAAUGAUUGAUAAAAUUGUUAAUCACAGUAUUGGAGAUUCAGAGGGUAAAAUAUUUCCAUGUUCUGAAUGUGGGAAAUGUUUUACCAAGAAAUCUAAUCUUUCAGUGCAUGAAAGAAUUCACAGAGAUGAGAGACCAUUUUCAUGUUCAGAAUGUGGGAAAAGUUUUCGCCAGAAAUCAGUUCUUUUUAAACAUCAAAGAAGGCACCGUGGGGAGGAGCCAUUUUCAUGUCUAGAAUGUGAGAAAGGUUUUCAACAGAAAUCAGAUCUCAUUGUACAUCAAAGAACUCACACAGGAGAGAAACCAUUUUCAUGUUCUGAAUGUGGUAAAUGUUUUAUGCAGAAAUCUGUUCUUGUCACACAUCAGAAAAUUCACUCUGGGGUAAAGCCAUUUUCAUGUGUGGAAUGUGGGAGAUGUUUUACCCGAAAGCAAGAUCUUUUUAAACAUCAGAUCACUCAUACAGGGAUGAAACCUUUUCCAUGUUCAGAAUGUGGAAAAUGUUUCACUACAAAAUCAAAUCUUGUUGAACAUCAGAAAACUCACACAGGGGUAAAGCCAUUUUCAUGUCCAGAAUGUGGAAAAUGUUUCAUCCAGAAAUCGGAUGUUGUUAAACAUCAGAAAUGUCACACAGGGGAGAAACCAUUUUCGUGUUCUGAAUGUGGGAAAUGUUUUGCGAGGAAAUCAUGUCUUAUUGAACAUCAAAGAACUCACACAGGAGAGAAGCCAUUUUCAUGUCCAGUUUGUGGGAAAUGUUUUAGCCAUAAGUCCGCCGCUGUUAAACAUCAGGUAAUACAUGGAGUGGGGAAGCCAUUUUCAUGUUCUGAGUGUGGAAAAUGUUUUGCUAAGAAAUCUCAUCUACUUGAACAUAGCAUAAUCCACACAGGGGAGGAACCAUUUUCAUGUUCAGAAUGUGGGAAAUUUUUUAGCCAGAAGUCCGAUCUUGCUAAACAUCAGAGAACUCACACAGGAGAAAAGCCAUUUUUAUGUUCUGAGUGUGGGAAAUGCUUCACAAGAAAAUCAAGUCUCAUGGAACACCUGAGAAGUCACACAGGGGAGAAGCCGUUUUCAUGUCCAGAAUGUGGCAAAUGUUUUAGCCAGAAGUCCGAUCUGGUUAAACAUCACAGAACUCACACAGGGGAGAAGCCAUUUUCAUGUUCUGAAUGUGGGAAGUAUUUUAGACAGAAAUCGGUCCUAGUUAAUCAUCAAUUAAUCCAUACAGGGGAGAAGCCAUUUGCAUGUUCAGAAUGUGGGAAAUGCUACAGCCAUAAAGCCGCUCUUGCUCAGCAUAAGAAGCGAAGCCAUUUUAAUGUUCAGACUGUAGUAAAUGUUUUACCUCAGAUGAAGAACGUGAUAAUGGAGAAACACCAGGACGAGAUCCUGUUUGACUUUAAACAUGAAGCUCUCGGGGGAGAAGAUGUCAUCUGUACAAAGGUGGUCCAGGAUUUUAAAGACGAGGAAAAGCCUACAGAUAUGUGCGGAGAUGGAUCCAGUAACACAAAUACACCAGAGAGGUGCUCAAGUCCCCAUUAUUCCUGGGAUAGCUCAGAUGAAAAUCAGGAUGCCCUGCUGGAUGACCAGAGUAAGGACUUGGUUAUUGUUAAAGUAGAAGAUAUAGACGAUGAUGAGGAGUAUGCGAGGGGAGACCUACUAUGGAAGGAGGAGGAAAGUCCUUCAUAUACAAACAUAGAUGAACAUGAUGAUAUCCCAGAGCAGCACUCGAGUCUAUAUCAUUACACUGAAGAUGAUGACCUCAGACAUCUACCAUCUGAUCCCUCUAAUCUUGAGAACUUUAAUAUUUCUGCAUGUAGCAUUGAUGAUGACAAAGUAUAUGCUUGCUCUGAAUGCGGAAAAAGAUUCAAGCAGAAAUCACACCUUCUCCGACAUCAGUUAAUUCACACUGGAGAAAAGCCAUUUUCUUGUCCUGAUUGCGGAAAAUGUUUUCCACAGAGAGCCAAACUCAUUUUGCAUCAGAGAACUCAUACCGGGGAGAAGCCUUUCCCUUGUCCUGUGUGCGGGAAACGUUUCACAAUUAAAUCAAAUCUUGAUGCCCAUCAGAUCGUCCACACGGGGGAGAAGCCGUUCCCUUGUUUGGAGUGUGGAAAAUGCUUUACAAAAAAAUCCAAUCUCAUUAGUCACCAGAGAAUUCACACUGGCGAGCAGCCAUUUUCAUGUUCGGAAUGUGGGAAAAGUUUUACCCAAAAAACUGCUCUUCUCAAACACCAGAGAAUCCACACAGGUGAGCUGCCGUUCUUCUGUUCUCAUUGCGGGAAAUAUUUCAGAAAUAAAUCAAAUCUCGAUAAUCAUCUAAAGGUCCACACUGGCGAGCAUCCUUAUUCAUGUUCUGAAUGUGGAAAAGGCUUUGUCCAAAGAGCUAAACUUGUCCAGCAUCUGAGAGUCCACACAGGGGAAAAGCCGUUUACUUGUUUGGUGUGCGGAAAGUGUUUCACAAUGAAAUCGAGCCUUGAUGUGCAUCAGGAGGUUCACAAUGGUCAAGAUACGUUGUCUUGUCCUGACUGCGGGAAAUAUUUCAAACGCAAGUCUAAUCUAAUAAUACACCAGAGAAUGCACACAGGCGAAGAGCUCUUCUCAUGUAUGGCAUGUGGAAAGGGUUUUACACGUAAAGAGACUCUCGCUAAACAUCAGCGGACUCACACGGGGGAGAGACCAUUUCCUUGCACCGAAUGUGGACGAUGCUUCACUCAGAAGUCUCAUCUCAUUAAACAUCAGCAGCUUCACAUAUAUCCUAACACUGUUGGCGAGUCUAGUGAGUCUGCAAGCGAGAAAUAAUUUCUUCAGAAAUUCCUUUACUUUCUCGACACCACAGAAACAAACGCACACACAGAAAUCAGACUAAGGCCUCUUUCACACGAGCGUAUUGAAAUCCGUCAGUACUCUGGAUUAUGCACGGAUUCCUGAUGAUAUACACAUGCCUAUAUACAUAUUUACAUUCGUAUGCUUCCCUCCCUGUAUUUUUGAUGCUCUCCCAUAGACUGUAAUGGACGUAUUUGGAAACAAAUACGCAUAAAACUCAGACAUGCUGCGGAUUUCAAAUACUGAUGGAAAUUAUACACCCAUGUUAAUAGCCCAGUCUAUAUACUAAUUGCAAAUACGCUUGUGUGAAAGUGGCCAUAGACUGAUUUUUCAUUUCUUAGUGGACCUCAUGAUGGUAUUUUCUUAGAAAAGCAAGUUUAAAAGCUUCUGUUAGGGUGAAUUCACGUUUGGUGCAGACGUUCCUUCUACUGUCCCAUUCAUUUGGUAGACACAACUCACUUCGGAUGUAGAGUAUGGAACUGAUUUUCAGUUGCAGACAUUUCAGUCAUGUGAAAAUACAUGUAAAGGGUGCUACCACACUACAUAUUUUUCUUGGCACUUUUUGACUUGACUUUUGAGUGAAAUUCUUGCAAGUAUUUUUGGGGUGGUGUUUUUUUAUGACUUUUCUAUCGAGAAGUCACAGGGUAAGGGCUCAUGCAUACGACUGUAUGUAUUUUGCGGUCCGCAAAAAACGGAUCUGCAAAAAAUACGUCCAAGUGCAUUCCGUAUUUUGCCGAACGGAACA